AUGAAGUAGCUCUGCUACCUUUGUAUAUGACCGACAGUGAUUUAGAAAAUAUAAUGGAGUCUUUGGGAAUGACUGAAGAAGGCAUUGGAGACAUCACUCUAGCACCCCAGCCUGACAAAGUACCUGUGCCACCUUUGGAUAUGAGCAACAAUCUUUUUCCUACCAAAGAAAACUUGGAAGAAAUAUUAAAUUUGAAUGAAGCUGAAGAAAGUUACUCUGAACCUGGUGGCAAUGAGUACAUACCAUGGAAGCUCUCAGCGGAUGAAAGCAGUUCGGAAGAAUGGGACUUUGAUACCACAAAAGUAGCAACAAAGACAAAAAGGAAGAAAUCGAACAACUGUGGCUUUCUUGAAAAGGAAAUCAUCAUGGAGGCACAUGUCUAAGUGCCAACUUUCACAAAAAUGCAUCACACAAAAGCCUGGUAAAAGCCGAAUCCAGUCCCUAAGUGCCUUUGCGCAGCCUGUCCCUGAAGGUGUAAGCAGAAAGAUUUGGGAGUUGAUAGCCAAUAUGCACCAGGAUGAAGUCGCCAAAGUCAUCAAAGCAGAGAAAAGCAUAAUUAGACUUGGUGAACAUUUGUAUUGUAAACUUGGCCAUGACAAGACUAAGCAUAAGUACAUCAGACAAAAAAUGCGUGAAAUGGGAAGACUACUUCAGCACUCACGCAAAGAUGGAAAAUUGAAUCGAAUCGAGGACUUCUAUAAACCUUCCAACUUCAACUUAGUAAUGAAAGCGGUAAGGGAAACGACUGGUUUUGAUGAAGACACAAACACCUACAAAAUUCCAUCCCUUGCUCGUAAAUUAAGGCAUCGUCUGCUGAAAAUAGCAGAUAUUCUUCAAUGUGAAGCACAGAUGGAAGAGUCUGACAAUGAAGAAUUUAUUGAGAACGUGAAGAAGACCCGUGUUCUGUAUGAAAGGUGGGAUGCCUGUGUGUCCUCGUGUGAGCUACAAACUCUUUUAGAGUUGAAAUGGAACACACCAGAGAUCCUCCCAUUUACUGAUGAUGUACAAAAGAUAGACAUGCACCUAGACAAUUACAGUGAGCAAUAUCAGAAUAAUCUCCAAGAAAACCCGAAUACGAAAAUCUGGUCCAAGUUGGCCAGUAAUUGCAGAGAGGAAGUUGAUGAGUUAACAGUGGAAAAUGAUGAUGCAUCAGGCUCGGAGAGAGAAGCAGAGAAUGAUUUGUCUUUUUGCACCCCUGUGCUUGGAUUUUUAACAACCCAAAGCAAACGGUCAACAAAUGAUAAGUCCAGUGAUGGAUUUUCACCCACAGGAGACCUUGACCGAUUCUGGAUUUGGCAUUUAAUGGAACACUCAUACACAAGGAAAGUUUGAAUCCUCCAUUAAAAGAAGGAAAGUGGAGACUCAAGAGUCAUGGAAAAGAGAAACCACAAAGAAAAGGAUGUGGGACUGUCACUGACAUUCGUGCAGUGGAAAAAAUGUUAAAGGACGUCAUACAAACGGGGACAGGACCUGGUAAGACUGCCUGUGAAGCCUGCAUUUCUGCGUCACCAGAGGCCCUGAAGACUCGGGAGUUUGACCACAGUUAAGUUAUAUGUUAAAAUCCAAUAACUGGCAGUCAGCGGGAGAGUAAGAGGAGAAUAAGUAAGUAGUUAAGUAAGGAGUUAAAAUUCAUUAGUGUUUGUUCUAAUUAAUGCGACUGUGCAUUAUUAUUAUUAUUAUUUUUG